AUGCAUCAGUUGAGCUUUGUGUUAAUUUUCAUUUUGUCCAAGAAGUCUAUUCAAUCUCUAGCGGAAGUCAUAGACGAUGGAUUUAGCAUUGAUCUUAUUCAUCGUGAUUCGCCACUAUCCCCGUUUUACAACCAAUCUAUCUCUCCAUCCGAGCACUUAGGCAAAGGUAUUGUCCGUUCCUUCAAUCGAGUCAAAUACUUAUAUUCAUCGAUGCAUAUGGAAAAGAAAGAACUUUCAUCUGUGAUGAUUCCAAAUAGGGUUGAUUAUCUCAUGAAGAUGUAUAUCGGUUCCCCACCAAUUGAAGUCUUUCCUGCUGCAGACACAGGUAGUAAUCUUAUAUGGGUACGGUGUCAAGAUGGUAAGAAAAAACACCAUAAGAACGCACAACUUUUUAAUCCAAAAGGGUCCUCCACCUAUGUUAAGAUUCGUUAUCAAACUGAGUUUUGCAAUGUUCUUCCCAAAAAAGAACGUGGGAACUCAGAUGAGUGCAAGUACAAUUUUAGUUAUGGAAAUGCAUACACAUUAGGAGUUUUGAGCAAAGAGACCUUUACAAUAAAUACCACCAAUGGUGGAUCGAAAUCUUUCACCAAAUCAGUGUUCGGAUGUGGUAAUAUAGAUCAUGGAUUUUCCAACCGUUUUCAAGGUAUUGUAGGGUUUGGAACAGGAAUAUUGUCACUGGUUUCUCAACUUAAAACCGAAAUUAAAAACAAAUUCUCAUAUUGCUUACUUCAACGAUACGCGACGACUAAUAGUAAGCUUAAAUUUGGAACUGGAGCUAAGAUUUCUGAGGUAAAAAGAGUUUCAACUCCAUUUUUGCAUAAAAAUGAUCUAGCCUUAUACCACCUUACACUCGAAGGGAUCAGUGUCAUAGGCACAAGAAUAGACAUACACCAAAGUCCGGGUAAUAUCGUAAUCGAUUCUGGAACAACCCUAACAAUGUUGGAAUCAAGCAUAUACAAGGACAUUGAAGCUGAAGUUAAGAAAGUAAUUGGUGCCGAUUCAGUACCAGAUCCGACUAAAAGACUCAACUUGUGCUAUGAAGCAGAAUCUAUAGAAGAGAAGGACCUCCCAGAAAUGAUAUUCCACUUCAGUGGUGCAAACCUUCAUUUACCGCAUACAAACACAUUUGAAAGACAAAAAGAUGUGAUUUGUAUGAUGAUUGUUCCGAGCAAUGGUUUUUCCGUUAUUGGGAAUGUGGCACAAAUAAACUUUCAGGUGGAGUAUGACCUUCAAGAACAACAAGUCUCUUUUGCUCCAGCAGAUUGCACUGAAUUUUAA